AUGGACACUCUUAACGAUGAGCCAUUGCAGCAGCCUAAUAUUAAUGUUUUCGUCAACAUCAUGAUGCGAUCUCAAGUCCUCAUUUCAGUCCUCUUUCUCCUUUUGCCAAGAUCCAACCUAGGGGCUGUCAUGGGUGAGGAGAACCUGGAAACUGUGGGUGCUCAUUCUCCAAUCCACCUUUUGAUCACAGCUGCUGCGGAUUCUUUCCCAGAAGUGCAUGGAGUGGGGGGUCACCCUGUGACACUGCCGUGCACUUAUCCAGUGUCUAAUGGACUCUCAUCCAUGUGUUGGGGCCGAGGGGCGUGUGCUUCUGACACGUGUGGACAAACACUUAUCUGGACUGAUGGCUACAGAAUCUCCUACCGGACAAACAACCGCUACCAGCUGAAGGGGCAGCUUCUUCAAGGAGAUGUGUCCUUGACAAUAGAGAACGCCACUCAGAGUGACAGAGGUCUCUACUGCUGUCGGGUGGAAAUGACGGGAUGGAAAGGUGUACAGACACUGACCACCUCACUGCAAGUUCAACCCGUUUACACCGACACUGUGACAUCUUCACACCGCCCUUGGAAUAAUCACACUGAAGUGGUCCCUACACCAAGCCCCCUGAAGAUCCCCACCAAGGGCCUCUACAUCGGCAUCUCUGUGUCUGUUGUGCUGCUGCUUCUCAUGAGCAUCCUGAUAAUCAUAAAGUACAGACACAUGAGAAAGAAGAGGAAGUCAGAAGUCUCAGUCGUCUUCCAUGCUUACCAGAAUGAAACUUUUCAAUCUACAGUGCAACCGCAAGCCGAGGACAAGUUUGACAUCAUCAACGACAGUUUUCAUUCAAAGAUUAAAUCCUAGCUGUCCUCUGAGGGGCCAUCAUCCCAGGACUGCGGAAGAAAGUAAUGGAAUAUAACCACACCGUUAAAUUUGUCCUGUGGCAGUUCAUCUGCUGUUCCCACUUGGAGCAGGAGAGAAGAGAAUGGCCCUCUAGUAGGUCAUAGGCAGUCACUGUUAAUAUAGUGCUUAGUCUCAUCACACACCGGGGACUGUCCUCUCAAGCAUGAAUACUUUAGAAUUUCUUGUGUUCUUCAGAUGCCAUGAGUUGUGUCCAUGAGAGACAAUCAUUGGUAAUGCAGGAAAUGACCUUCAAUCUUGGUUACUAAAUCCAUCAGGAAGAGGAUUUAAAAGUAAAAUGAAAUAAAAUAAAAUAAAAUAAAAGUAGGGAGGGCAAGACUUAAUUUAGAAGUAUUUCAUGAUUAUGUUUUAUUGUAACUCAAAAUGCUGUUUUCCUCACUUUCUACAAAGGGAAUGAAAUCAUGGGAGCUGCAGGUUUAACUUCUCUGGUAGAUAAUAGGAAUCUAGAAGUGUGUGUGCUUUCUCACAGCUCUGGAAAUACGAUGCAUUAUGAUGUGGUUGAUCUUAGGAUAGGGAUGGGUGUUCCAUGUCAGGAGAGGUUGCCAUGGUGAGAAUGGACCAGGCAGACAUCAGGGAAGAAAAUAGUGGACAAGGACUGAGUUCAUUAGUGCUGUUUCCACUGCAGUCUGACUUGGUGCUCAGUGUCCUGUCCUCACCCACUGGACUCUGAAUUAGGUGCUAGAAGGAGACAAUGCAGAAAUGAAGGGGAAAGGAGGGAGCAGGACCCAGGCUCUCUGCCUGAGGGAAGUCCUGUUCCAGGAGUGACGGGGUUUGGGACUACCACUGGUUUCAUUCAGAGUUCCUAGUUUAUAACUGCCUCCAGAUCAUAUUUAUAUUUAAUUUAUUUCAUAAAGAAAAAGUAUUUCCAUAGUGAAUACCAUCAAUGAAAUACUUGGUUUUGCUAGAGUUAACAAAAGCUGUCGUAUUGAUGAUAUCUUCAUUAACAUUUUGGUUGUUGAGAAGAUCUGAUUUUCAAGGCAGUAUAAAUUUCUAUAUAAGUUUUCUGCCUCCUGAUUUCUGGUUCCCCCAGUAGUCCUCUCUCCCUAUAUGCCUUCUAUGGCAACUUUACACAGACACACACACACACACACACAC